AAAGAAAAAACUUAGAAUAAAAAUGAAAAUAAGGUUUAAUUCUUCCUCAUGCAAGCUCUGCACUUCACCUACCAAAGCAACAGCAAAAGCUCCAGAUAUAAUAAAGUGAAGAAACAUUAAUUAUAAUUUGUAGGAAUUAGUGACAAUAUAAUAUAAAUAUUAGGAGGGUCAAUCUUAUUUCUUUUAUUUUGUUAUAGUAAAACCCAACCAAAUGAAGAUAUAAAAUCUUUUUCAUGUGCUAAGAGAUGGUGCAGUUAACCAUUGCUAUCAUUUGAAGUUUUGUUUAGAUCAUUUAGUGCUUUUUUCUCCACAAACAAGUUCAGACAGACAUCAUGAACAUGUUUCAUAACAUCAUGGAAAGACUGAGGCCUCUAGUUGGUUUCAAAGGCUGGGAUUAUGUCGUUCUUUGGAAACUGAGUGACGACCAAAGGUAUGUUGAGUGGAUGGAUUGUUGCUGUAGUGGAACUGAAAACACACAAAUUAAUGGUGGAGAAGAAGCUCAGUUUUCUGUUUCAUCAGUUGUAGCAUGCAGAGAUAUUAUUUUUCAGCAUCCAACUUCUAAAUCUUGUGAACUUCUUGCUCAACUUCCUUCUUCUAUACCCCUUGAUUCUGGAAUUCAUGCACAAGCUUUGAUUUCAAACCAACCCAGAUGGUUAAAUUUUUCUAAUAGCUCAGAUUCAAAUGUUCUUGAAUGCACAGUUGGAACUAGGGCUUUGAUACCAGUGCCAGGAGGACUAUUAGAGCUGUUUGUCACUAAACAAGUAGCUGAAGAUCAGAAUAUUAUAGAUUUUGUGACAACUCAAUGCAGCAUAUUACUAGAGCAAGAAGCAGCCAUGUUAAAUUCAACCAACAACAUUGAUACAAGUAACAAUUUUGCAGUUAAUGUGGAUCAUAUGAUUGGAGAUCAAGAUCAAUCAAAACAAUAUUUAACCGAUCAUCAUGAUCAAAACGAACAAAACGAUCAUAUCAACAACAAUCAAUUCCAACACACACAAGUUUCUCCAUCAGCAACAGGAGGAGCACUAGAGAAUUUGAAUCUUCCGUACGAUAUAUCAGCGGAACGAAUCCAACUUUGCAGUCCUCCAAUGAACUUUCUGCAGCAAUUCACUACUAACUACAGCAACAAUGACCAAGAAAAUCUAACCAAUGGGCUUCAAGAUCAUAUGAUGAUGAAUAAUAAUACAGAUAACUUGCAGAUGAAGUUUAUGGAGUCCUCAUCAGCAAAUAAGGACCAACAAGGUAAUAAUAACAACGAUAAGGACUCGAUCAAACUCGAAAACGGAAGAUCAGAUUCGAUAUCGGAUUGUAGUGAUCAGAUUGAUGAUGAGAAUGAUGCAAAGUAUAGAAGAAGAACAGGAAGAGGUCCACAAGCUAAAAAUCUUCAUGCUGAGAGAAGGAGAAGAAAAAGGCUCAAUGGCAGACUCUAUGAUUUAAGGGCUUUGGUUCCAAAAAUUUCAAAUCUAAAUAAGGCUUCUAUACUUGGAGAUGCAAUUGAAUUUGUGAAGGAGUUACAAAAGCAAGCUAAAGAACUACAAGAUGAGCUUGAAGAGAAUUCAGAUGAUGAUCAAGGUGCUAAAAUUGGGAACCAUAGCAAUAUCCCACAAGAAAUUCUGAAUCAAAAUGGAGGAGUUGCUAAUGGGUAUCAUGUAGUUUCAUCAGAAGUAGUCAGCUGCACUAAACUUAAUCAGAAGUCAGAAAUUAGUCAUCAAGACAAGGGACAACAAAUGGAGGUGCAAGUGGAAGUAGCACAAAUAGAUGGAAAUGAGUUUUUUGUGAAGGUAUUUUGUGAGCACAAGGCAGGAGGGUUCAUGAGAUUGAUGGAGGCUUUGGAUUCUCUUGGAUUAGAAGUUACAAAUGCCAAUGUAACUAGCUUCAGAGGCCUUGUCUCUAAUGUUUUCAAAGUUGAGAAAAAGGAUAGUGAAAUGGUUCAAGCAGAGUAUGUAAGGGAGUCAUUGCUAGAGCUGACAAGAGACCCAUCAAGAGGAUGGCCGGAGAUGGCAAAAGCUACGGAGAACGGAAACGGCAUGGACUAUCAUCCCCACCAUCACCACCACCAUCUCCACCACCAUAUGCACAAUAACCACCUCAGUUCCAGUCACCACCAUCUCCACCAUCUUCAUAACUGAGCAACAUUUAAAUUAAGUUUUUGUGAUAUUAAUUUCAGAUGACAAAAUGUUACUGGUACUUUGAUUAAUUUUUAUCAUCUUUUGCAUGCUUAA